UGUCUUCCGUUUCCAUGACCUCAGCUGCCCUGACUUCGCGUUCACGUGACUAAAUUUGGUCCCUCCGUGGCUCCAGUAGAAUCGCUUCCGGUAGAGAAACGCAGCGGAACUGUGUGUGUUAGCGGUUUCUGUGAAGGUCGUGAGUCCAACUUGUGAGCCACCAUGUCUCUGCCAAAGCCUUUGAUGAGGGGGCUGCUGGGAAAGCGUCUGAGGUUUCACCUGCCCAUUGCCUUCGCUCUGUCCUUUGUGGCUGCAAUAGGGUUCAAGUACACAGUGACCGAGCCCAGGAAACAGGCCUACGCUGACUUCUACAAGCAGUACGACGCCGUCAAAGAGUUCACCGCCAUGAAGGAAGCCGGCGUCUUUGAGAGCGUGCGGCCCUCUGGGGAGUAAACCCACUGUGAGUCUUUUCAUGGAUCACAACAACCUCUGUGAACUCUUCUUCCCCUUCUUUCAUUCCUGUCCAGUCUGAGGAUGAAGUUCCUUCUUGCCCCCUUGGAUGUUAUUUACUGAUUUAGAUGUGGACAUCGCUGUGCUGUUUUGUUCCUCUAAAUAAAAUAUUAUAUUAAAGUACGA